CGUGUGUGCCCGCAAGGUCGUGGGUUGCGAGGUCUAUGAGCUGGUUGAGCCACCGCGCGAAGACAUCACUUCCCGCUUCGUUCACGCUUGGCCGCUGCCACCGGCUCUCUGCUCAGCUGCAAGACAGAGACACGCCACCAUGCGAUGAUUCUUCUUCCACUCGCAGGCCCCCCACUCCAGUAACUCUUUUUCUGCUCCAGCAUAGCAUAGCUGGUGAUUUGUUUCUUGGAAUUUGGAAGAGGAAGACGAUGAAGCGUGGUGGUUAUCUAUCAAUAUGCCUUGUGUUCUGGUUGUACUUCAUAGCUAGUUUCAUUGUAUUUUGUACUGGUCUGGUUGUAUGAACAGUAUGUAAAGAUUGUAAUAGGCUACACUUAUUGGUCUGGUUGUAUUUUGUACUGGUCUGGUUGUACUGGUAUGGUCAUUUCAAGUAUAUAGUUUUGUUUCAUUUGAAAUAUUUGUCAUGAAAUAGUUCUGUUUCUUUGUACUGUGAAAA